CAAGGGCGGCCCGGCGGGGCGAGGGCGGAGCGGGCGCCGCUGCGCUGACAGCCGCGGCAGAAAGGGGGCGGCCGCGCCCAUUUCCUCCGCUCAGCCGGGGCCGGCAGGAUCCGCAUCGGCGAGCGGCGCCUCCGGACUGUGCCGGACUGGGGCGAGACGGCUCUGGCCGAGCCCGCGGCGGCUGCCUCCCCUCUGGACGCUCCGAAGUCCCCCGCGCCGUUAGCGUUCUCGCUGCCCCUAUGGACGCGGCGCUGAAGCGGAACCGCCCGGAGGAGCCGGCAGAGCUCCCGCCGUCGGCCCGGGACUUGGAGGAGGAGGACGAGGAAGAGGGGAUGGAACAGGGGCUGGAGGAGGAAGAGGAGGUGGACCCCCGGAUCCAGGGAGAACUGGAGAAGUUAAAUCAAUCCACAGAUGACAUCAACAGACGGGAGACUGAACUUGAGGAUGCUCGUCAGAAGUUCCGUUCUGUUCUGGUGGAAGCAACGGUGAAACUCGACGAGCUGGUGAAGAAAAUCGGCAAAGCUGUGGAGGACUCGAAACCCUACUGGGAGGCACGGAGAGUGGCGAGGCAGGCUCAGCUGGAGGCUCAGAAAGCCACACAGGACUUCCAGAGGGCCACCGAGGUGCUCCGUGCCGCUAAGGAAACCAUCUCCCUGGCUGAACAGCGGCUGCUGGAGGAUGACAAGCGGCAGUUUGACUCAGCCUGGCAGGAGAUGCUGAAUCACGCCACCCAGAGGGUCAUGGAGGCGGAGCAGACCAAGACAAGGAGCGAGCUGGUACACAAGGAGACGGCGGCCAGGUACAACGCGGCCAUGGGCCGUAUGCGGCAGCUGGAGAAGAAGCUCAAGAGAGCCAUCAACAAGUCCAAGCCCUAUUUUGAACUCAAGGCAAAGUACUACGUGCAGCUUGAGCAACUGAAGAAGACUGUGGAUGACCUGCAGGCCAAACUGGCCCUGGCGAAAGGCGAGUACAAGACGGCCCUGAAGAACCUGGAGAUGAUCUCAGAUGAGAUCCACGAGCGGCGGCGCUCCAGUGCCAUGGGGCCUCGGGGUUGUGGCGUGGGGGCUGAGGGCAGCAGCACAUCUAUAGAGGACCUGUCAGGGAGCAAGCCUGAGCCGGAUGCUGUUUCUGUGGCCUCCGAGGCUUUUGAAGAUGAUAGCUGUAGCAACUUCGUAUCAGAAGACGACUCGGAAACCCAGUCGGUAUCCAGCUUUAGUUCAGGGCCCACAAGCCCAUCCGAGAUGCCUGACCAGUUCCCUGCAGCUGUGAGGCCUGGCAGCCUGGAUCUGCCCAGCCCUGUGUCUCUGUCAGAGUUUGGAAUGAUGUUCCCGGUACUGGGCCCUCGCAGCGAGUGCAGUGGAGCCUCCUCCCCUGAGUGUGAGGUGGAACGAGGAGACAGGGCAGAAGGGGCAGAGAAUAAAACAAGUGACAAAGCCAACAACAACCGAGGUCUCAGCAACAGCAGCGGCAGUGGCAAGAGCCAAAGUAGCACCGCCCGCGAGGGCCAGGCCUUGGAAAACAGGAUGAAACAGCUCUCUCUCCAGUGCUCGAAGGGAAGAGACGGGAUUAUUGCUGACAUAAAAAUGGUGCAGAUUGGCUGAUCCAUCCAAAGCCCUGGCCCAAGUGCAUAGCAGUAUUUAUACACAAAACUGUAUGGAGAACAUUGUGCCAAUAAUCAUUUAAUAUAUGCCAAAUCUUAAGCGUUUACUCUAAACUGCACUAAUGAAGUUGUGACCUUGAGGGCUGAAGAGUUUUCUUCUGGGAGAGAGCUCUUGGGCUGAUUUUUCAGAGCAGAGGCGUUGUUGCAGUGGACUGUGACCAGGGUCACAGCCUUUGUGGAAUAUUACCCGUAACAGUGUUAUGGAAGCAAUAACUAGUUCCUGUGAAAGAACCCAAGCCAGGAAAGGGGCUGGGAAGCUGAGCCAAACUGGGGUCAACAGCUUGCUUCUCUUUCCCUUCUUUUACCCUCAAUUUGGGAAAAUGGAGAUGUGUCUCCUUUAUAUCCCAGGGGAUCAAAAUGAAAAAAAAAAAAAUUCAGAAUACACCUUUCUGGGCCAGCGAAGGCUUAAAAAAAAAAUCCAAGAACACAAUUUUCAUCAUCUCUGGUAUUCAGAAGGGCUUUUUAAAAAAGCCUAUAUGUUGGUAUACCCAUUAGAACCAUUUUCUAUAAACGUUACACCAUGAACUGCACUUUUUGGGGUGGGAAAGGUGAAUGCCAACGUGGGGGAUGGGAGGGACGGAGGGUAGCAGGGACAUACCAUAGAAGGCGAUUUGUGGCUGUGGGGGAGGAGAGUCUGUAGCAUAAACCUUAUCCCACCAGCCAUGGGACUUAAGAA